AUGCCACUAUCAGAAGCGGCCGCGGAAAUGGUUGAGCGUCACUGCAGUUCUGUUGACGGCUUGUUUGAGGCGGUGUCGGCGGCCUUGGAUAAUGCGAAGAUCACCCAGGUUAUGAUGAUAUCGAGUUUGACUACGACUAGUAUCGAUGAGCUCACUAGUAAAAUAGCUACCGGUGAUCUGAAGGACAUGAGGCUUCUGGUCGAUACUUCCCUUCGGGCCUGCGUAAAGGGUUGUCAAUUCCAACUUGACCUCUGCAAGGCAGGACAGAAGGUGAUGCCAGUGAACAAGAACGAAAAGGAGUGGGCUACCCAGAUGCGAAAGAGAGCCAUCGUCCUCAAGAACCUUCUGCUAUCUGAUCACAUUCCCGUGGAGCUAAUGCCCCCACCUACUGUGUGGAAGAGAUUGACUGAUAACCCCUCAUCCUUCGUCAACUUCGGCAAGGAGCUAGUAGAAGCUAAGCCUGGCAAAGACUCUGGAUCCCGAGUUAAUUCGGACCCAAUGAAGGUCGAAUUUCUCCUCAACGAUGUACCUCAGUCUCUUACCCUCCCUCGGGAAGACAAGAGCACUAUGGGUGGCGCACUAUGGUCCCAGUGUUUUCAGCGUUACUGUGUGGCUCUCAUGUUGGCAACGGUUACUCCAGAGAAGGUUCAGGACAAAGCCAAAUUGGAUAUCGAUUGGUUAUCAUUACAAGGUUAUGGCUAUCGGGUAUCGCAAGUCGCUUCUCUUUAUGGAUGGGAAAUGGCACAGGAGGUCGACGAAUCCUUCAGGAGAUUCAUCGAGAGAGCUUACUCCGAAGCCCAUAUUUCGCUGUGUGAUUGCUUCAAUAAUAUCUCUAAGUUCUCUCAGCUGAAGGUGGACGCUAGACUCAAUACCAAGGACCUUCAGAGAGAAGAAGGCCGCUCUCGUGCUCGUGGUGGCGGUGGUGGUAAUCUCAGAGACGCCAAGGCUACGAAUGGUCAGAAGAAGAAGCGCAAGCGAGGUUUAUGCUACAAAUUUCUCGAGGGCGACUGCUCAUACGGUGAUAACUGUAACUUCCUGCAUGAGAGGUCGGGUACGACUGCUACGUCGAAGGCACCGGCUGGAGGCAAGAAGAAGUGA